UCAUUAACGGCACCUCUCAGCAGCACCCCUCCCCCUCGAACCAAACGAAACGCUUUAUCAUGAAAGGGAUUUAAUUAGCUACAUUUUAUUAUUUGUUAUCAGUCUCAGUAUCAGUACUGGAAUGCGACUAGUAAAUCAGAACCGAUUCUCUUCGCCUGUACAAUAACCAUUAUCGCAUCAGUCAUGUAUCUUCUGCACUCGCUGCUGCAGAUCUGUGCGCUGCUUGAUGCGACACUGUGGCUGGCGGUCUCUGCCAGCCCUACCGAUGAUAAUGUACUGCGGGCCGGCCAUGGAGAACACGGAGAGCCGGGGCACGAAGAACCACAUAAGGACUCCUACAGCACAUUCGCCUCCGAGUUCCUCGAGUCCAGAUACCUCUCAGACGAAGGUUACCCCUUCCCAACUGCACCCCCUGUGGACCCAUUUGCCCGCAUCAAAGUUAGCGACUGUGGAGUAACCAAAGGAUGCAUCAGAUAUGGCAAACCAGGCUGUGACGCAGAGACCUGUGAAUACUUCCUGAGUUUCAGACGCAUUGGCACAGAUGUGGAAUUCGAGAUGAGUGCAGACACUGACGGAUGGGUUGCGGUCGGUUUCUCCUCUGACAAAAAAAUGGGAGGUGAUGAUGUCAUGGGCUGUGUUCAUGACGAUAAUGGACGUGUACGGAUCCAUCAUUUCUAUAAUGUGGGCCAGUGGGCCAAAGAGAUCAAGCGCAACCCGGCACGGGACGAGGAGGGCAUUUUUGAAAACAACCGCGUCACCUGCCGCUUCAAACGGCCUCUUCAUGUGCCACGGGAGGAGACUCUAGUGGACCUGCACCUAAGCUGGUACUAUCUGUUUGCUUGGGGACCUGCCAUACAAGGUUCCAUCACCAGGCAUGACAUUGACUCCCCACCGGUGUCAGAUCGCAUGAUUAGCAUCUAUAAAUACGAGGACAUUUUCAUGCCUGCCACAGCCUAUCAGACAUUCUCCUCUCCCUUUUGCCUCCUCCUCAUCGUUGCUCUUACUUUCUACCUGCUGAUGGGCACACCAUAACCAGCCAAGAGAGAAGGAAUACAACUAACCAUGGAGACACAUACAACUAGCUUAACAGUAUUAAAAACAGGCAGCAAUAAAUAAGAUGACAAACACAUUGUGAUUCUACAAUAUCCUCAAUCUACAUAAACUAAAAUGGCAUUUGGACUGCGGAUUAAUAUUUAGUUAUAUACAAGCAAUGAUUCUCAUUCAAAGGUGAGAGAGUCAAC